UGAUUUGCUGAUCUGUCAUCUUUUCUCUUCCACUUUCGGUGCGGGAAUCGCGAAAUCGCCAUCCUUUCGUCGUCGUCGUCGUAAUAAUCCGUUUCCGUGGUUCUUCCGGCGUUAGAAAAAGUGGUAUUUUCCGAGAGAAGUGAUUGUUUUGCAUUGGUUAUCGGGAAAUGGCAGCCUGUACGGAAGUGCUGAAGCGGGAGUUCCCCUCGAUCGACGGGGAACUGCUGACCUACGUGGAAGACGUGCUUCAGAACGGAGCGGACCAAUUCGAAGACGGCGAGGAGGUUUACGAGGCGAUCGGGGAGAUUCUUCACGAGGUCGCGCAGGACAAGAGCGAGGAGGACAUCAAGCAGAUCUGCGAGAUCUUUCUGGACCUGCUGAAGCCCCGCAGUGGUGACAGUGGGGGAGGCGGCGGGAGGACGAAGAUUUUAGGGGCUCCAAUUAACCUGAAGGAGGUGGCUGCUUCGCAGGAUGCCGUCCAGGAGAACAUUCAGAGUAUUUGGGUCGUUUCGAGGGACGACAGCUUGAAGGUGGAUUCGAAGAAGCUGGAAAAGGCGGAAGCCCGAAGGCAGCAGAAGCUCGAGAAGCGGGAACAAACGAAAACGACAUCCGGAGCCGGCGUAGUUCCGGUUCUGCAGAUGGCCACAGCUUCGCAGGUCAUCAGCAAGAAGGAUAAUAAGAUGGAAGCGAAGGGAACGAACCGGUCGAUGGACAUCCGGAUUGAGAACUUCGAUGUGUCGUUCGGGGACAAGGUGCUGUUGCAGAAUGCGGAUCUGUUACUGGCUUGUGGUCGUCGCUACGGAUUCGUAGGAAGAAACGGUCUGGGCAAAACGACACUGCUGAAAAUGAUUUCAGGUAAGCAGCUGCAGAUCCCAAGUCACAUUACGAUUCUGCACGUCGAGCAGGAAGUGGUUGGAGAUGACACCUUGGCGAUUGACAGCGUUCUGGAAGUGGACGAAGUUCGGACGGAACUCUUGAGGAAAGAGAAGGAACUGAACGCUCAGAUCAAUGCCGGUUCCAGCGAUCCGGAUCUGAGUCAUGAACUUUCCGAAAUCUACGUCCAGCUACAGAACAUUGAAGCGGACAAAGCGCCAGCACGUGCCUCAAUCAUUCUGAAUGGUCUCGGCUUCACCAAGGAAAUGCAAGCCCGUGCCACCCGGACCUUCUCCGGUGGUUGGCGUAUGCGUCUGGCCCUGGCCAGAGCCCUCUUCUCCAAACCCGAUCUGCUCCUGCUCGAUGAACCGACGAACAUGUUGGACAUCAAGGCCAUCAUCUGGCUCGAGAACUACCUCCAAACGUGGCCUACAACGCUGCUGGUCGUUUCCCACGACCGGAACUUCCUGGACACCGUUCCCACAGACAUUCUGUAUCUGCACUCGCAGCGCAUCGACGUCUACAAGGGUAACUACGAACAGUUUGACAAAACCCGGACGGAGAAACACAAAGCCCAACGGCGAGAGUACGAAGCCCAGCUGGCCCAUCGGAAUCACGUGCAGGAGUUUAUCGAUCGGUUCCGGUACAAUGCCAAUCGGGCCGCCAGCGUGCAGUCCAAGAUCAAAAUGUUGGAGAAGCUACCCGAACUGAAACCGGUGGAGAAGGAAAUCGAGGUGACGAUCAAAUUCCCGGAAGUGGAACCACUGAAUCCGCCGGUCCUACAGCUGAACGAGGUCCAAUUCAAAUACUCCAACGACAAGGUGAUAUUCAACCUGGUCAAUCUCAGCGCGAAUCUGGACUCGAGAAUCUGUAUUGUCGGCGAGAACGGUGCCGGUAAGACCACCCUCCUCAAGAUCAUCACCGGACACCUGCAACCGACCGGUGGGCUGAUACAUCCUCAUCGGGGUCUCCGCCUUGGUUACUUCGCCCAGCACCACGUGGACCAGCUGGACAUGAGCGUCAACUGUGUGGAACUGCUGCAGAAUGCCUACCCGGGAAAACCCAUCGAGGAGUAUCGGCGAGUGCUGGGCAGUUUUGGCGUUUCUGGUGAUUUGGCCAUGCAGGUGGUGGCGUCCCUCUCGGGAGGACAGAAAUCGCGCGUGGCGCUGGCCAAAAUGUGCAUGGGACGACCAAACUUCCUGGUGCUGGAUGAACCGACCAAUCACUUGGACAUCGAAACGAUAGAGGCCCUCGGCAAGGCGAUCAAUAAGUACUCGGGUGGUGUGAUUCUGGUUUCCCACGACGAGCGUCUCAUCCGGAUGAUCUGCAGAGAGCUGUGGGUUUGCGGCGGCGGAACUGUUCGUAGCGUUGAGGGCGGAUUUGACGAGUAUAGGAAAAUUGUGGAAAAAGAACUGGAAGCUGCAGCGGCGUAGGAGCGUUUCGGCAGAUCAAUUAUCAUCAUUAUUAUUAUUAUUGAUUGAUUAUCUACCGCGGAGGAACAUAUUACUAUACUAUUAUUAUUACGCUUUCUAACAAGUAUACAGGAGGAAGAGAGAAAAGUUGUAGAUGGAACGGAAAUAUAGAACCCUGCAAAGCAUAGUAA